GAGGGUUUAAGCGUCUGAGAAAAAAGGGAUGAGCAAAGCAGGAGCUCCCGAUUUCUUCUACAGGGAGGCUCAACGCCUUGGCUAUGUAGCUCGCUCUGCUUUCAAGUUGCUUCAGAUACAGAAUCAAUACAAGCUGAUAAAACCAGGCUCUUCUGUUCUUGAUCUUGGUUGUGCUCCUGGUGCUUGGCUUCAGGUAGCUUGUCAGAGCUUGGGUCCGUUGAAGAAUGGUGGGUCUGUGGUGGGGGUCGAUCUUAAGAAGGUGAAGGUUCCUUCUAUUCAUUGCGAUGCCAGGGUUCAAACUGUAUUCGCUGAUGUCAUGAAGCUCCCCAAACACCAAGUUAGGGCACUGUCUCCUCAGCACAAAGGCUUUUCAGUAAUACUCUCGGAUAUGUGUCCCUUGGUUUCUGGAAUUUCAACUAAGGAUGCAGCUUUAUCCUUUGAGUUAGGGAUGAGGGCGCUUGAUUUGGCGGUUGGUUCUGCCGCUAUCCUUGCAGAUGGUGACAAUAAGGACGGACAAUCAGACAAGUCUAUUUCUUGUUCGGAUGAUGCUGGUGUACUUAAAGCAGGGGGCCAUCUUGUGGUGAAACUUUUAGAGAGUGAGGAUAUACAAGAAUUUAGCCGGAUUUGCAAACCCCUGUUCAAAAAGUCAUCGUGGUUAAGGCCUAAGGCUACAAGAUCUUCAUCUAGAGAGAUUUAUUUGAUCUGUCAAAGUUUGAAGUCAUAGCCUGGAUCAGAUUGUGUAAUGCGAAUAAUCCCUCUUCAGUAAACUAAUGUUCUUGCUGGGUAAUCUUGUCAUUGAGGCAGAGAUAUAUGAAAUGUGGAUGGGUAUGGUGUGACAAAACCACAUUUGUGAACUUUGAUUCUCAUUUUAUUAAUUUGAGUUUAACAUGUAUAAUUUCAUUUUGAAGCAUCAUAAAUAGGCACCUAAAGAAAAUUAAAGAACUUUU